AUGUCAAGAGAAGUCACAAGCAGUAAACCCAUGGAAAAAGACCACAGCAAUGGAAAGGGCUUCAGUGUUGCACAAAUUAUAAAGAACAACUGGAGUGGAAAAGGAAAAAUAGAAGAUGGAAGCAAUGAAAGCCCACCAAUAUUUCAACUCCAGCUGGAUGAAACAUGGCAGAAUAGUGACGGAUUCUGCAGAAGAAGCACAUUUGGAAAAAACACCAAAAAACCAAACAAAACCAUUAUGAUGAUCGGAGCCACAGGUGCAGGAAAAACCACUCUAAUUAACAGCAUCUUUUCUGCCCGUGAAGGGAUCGACUGCAUUGAUGCUGUGUGUUUUGUAGUACAGGCUUCACUUGCUCGUCUGACACACACACAGAAAUACAUCUUUGAUUCCAUUCUUUCCAUAUUUGGGAAGGAUAUUGCUGAAAACAUCCUUAUGAUGGUCACUUUUGCGGAUGGGAAAAAACCUCCUGUUCUCGAGGCCAUCAAAGUCUCUGAGGUGCCCUGUUCUAUAAAUGAGUCUAAAGAGCCACUUUACUUCAAGUUCAACAACUCUGCUCUGUUUGCUAUCAAUAAUAAAAGUGAAGAGGAUAAGAAGUCUGGUGGUGAAAACUUUGAUCAAAUGUUCUGGAAGUUAGGAUUUUGUAGCAUGAAGAAAUUAUUCACAUCUCUUAACGAGAUGGAAACCAAGAGCUUGUCUCUGACACGGGAGGUCCUAAAAGAACGGCAACAGCUACAUGUGCUUGUGCAAGGCCUCCAGCCCCAAAUCAAUGCUGGUCUGACAAAACUGGAUGAAAUAAAGAAGACAAGAGCUGCUUUGGAGCAGCACAAAGCUGAAAUGGAUGCAAACAAGGAUUUUGAGUAUGAAUUAGAAGUAACUGUCCCAAAAAUGUUUGAAAACAACACUGAUUACUUCUUAACCAACUGCCAAACCUGUCACUUCACAUGUCAUGAUACAUGCAUUUAUGCAAAUGACAGUGAUAAAUAUAAAUGCAGUGCCAUGAAAGACGGAAAGUGUCAGGUCUGUCCAGGAAAGUGUGCUUGGAAUGUGCACUUUUGUCAGAAAUACAAAUGGACUUAUGUCACAGAAAAGAGAAAG